AUGAUGUUCAAUGUGUUACGCAAAUAUAAUCGAAAAUGCUGCAAUCUUGAUCGUCAUCAAUAUGAAGCUGUCUGUGGUCAAAUAAUGAAUUGUGGUAUACAUACAUGUAAAAAAUUAUGUCAUCCCAAUUUUUGUCCUGAUUGUUCAUUAUUUUAUCAAGAAAAAAAAUGUAUUUGUGGUGAAACAAUUAUAAAACCAAAAUUUACAUGUCGUAAACCUUAUUUAAAAUGUUAUGUUCAAUGUAAGCGAACACAUGAAUGUGAUCAUCCUGUCGAUCAUUCUUGUCAUAAUGACGAUAUAUGUCCACCUUGUCUAUAUCUUAUUUUAAAAAUGUGUGCUGGACAACAUAUGUUAGUUUCUGUUAUUCUAUGUUGUCAAAAAAUAGUAUUUUGUAAUCAACCAUGUGGUAAACUUCUUCCAUGUACAAUUCAUACAUGUCAACGUUCAUGUCAAUCAUUUGAUGAAAAAUGUAUACAACCAUGUAAUAUAAAACGACGUAUAUGUGGUCAUCCAUGUAAUUUACCAUGUCAUGGAGAUGAACCAUGUCCAGUAACAAUAUGUAAUGUAAUAAUUACAAUUCAAUGUCCAUGUGGUAAUUUAGAAAAAGAUAUUAUUUGUAAUGUUAAACCCAAUGAAACUAAUGAAGAAAAAAAUGAUAUUUGUUAUCUAAAAUCAAUUUCAUUUGGUAAAGAAGAUCCUGAUAUCAAUUUAACAUCACAAAUUGAAGCAUUAGAAAUUCAAAUAAAAAAUUUAUCAUUUGCACGAAAACCACCACAAUUAGAAUGUGAUGAUGAAUGUCGUGUUAUACAACAAAAUAGUAUUUUAACUUCAGCUUUCUCCAAUGAUUGUGAUCAACCACAACAAAUACCAAAUGUUUAUACAGAUUUUUUACUUGAUUAUGCAAAGAAAAAUUUAGAAUUUAUUCAAAAUAUUGAACAACAAUUUACUCAACUUGUUGAAGAUACUCAAGCUGCUCGACGUUUCAUACACUUUUAUUCAUUUGCACCAAUGAAAUAUAAUAAACGUCAUGUAAUUCAUGAAUUAGCAUCAUUUUAUGGUGUCAAAACAAACGCAAGUGGUCCUGAACCAAAUCGAAAAGUUAUUGUAUGUGCAUCUUGUUCCAUUUCUAUAAUUCCAUCUGUUACAUUAAGUAAAACUGUGAUGUUGACAUAA